UGCCGAGGCUGAAGAGGAGAGAAUGGGAGAGAGUGGCUGUGGCCGCCAUGGCCAUAGCAGGCCGCAUGGCAGAAGACGCCAUGGCCAUGGUGGAUKUCAUCCUUGGUCAUUCAACGACCGAUUUGCUUGCUUCAGUCCCUGCAUCUCACGCGUUGCUUGGUGGGGCCCAUGACGAUGAGGAUGAUGGCAGGCCCGACAAGCACAGUCUCAUGUGGCUUUGGCCUGCCAUUGUGGACAUGCUCAAUCUCAUGCCCAGAGCCUCGCCAAGGUGGUGGGUGAUGCGUCGAAGUGGCGGGCUUUGGAAGGACCUGCUUCCCGAAGACGACGCAGAGAAUGACCAUUACGUUUCUCUCAUUCGUAUGCUUCGUUCGACAUUCAACAGGUUGCUGCGGAAGUUCUUUUACGUUCCGCAUGCUGCUAACAUCGAGACAGAGGGGUUAGAGUUCGAGGCGUGUUGUGUAUUGCACAAUCUGCUUCAGGAGUUGGGCGACCAACCCCAAGACGACGUUCGGAGAGUUGGCAUGAUGGCGAGGAAGGAUGCGCGCCGAGACUAUGUGUGGGAGAGGCAUGCAUUGGUCCGAGAUUUGGAGAAGACGGAGCGAGAGGUGGAGUUGCUGCACAAGUUCCUCGUGGCCAGGGGUGAUAACAUUACAGUGUGGAUGCGGUGCGGGAGAGAGGUGUGCGAGACAGACAUCUCACAAGAGAACAUCCACGCACGCAGAUGGUCGAGCUCUGUUGUGAAACGGCUCUCCGCUUCACGGUCGAGCCUUGUGCAAUGCUGCGACAACCUAGUUGUCCACCGCAUGCGUAUGAGCCGCAAGUUGGAGCUGUUGAGGAGGUCAGUUGAGGAGAGCCGAGCGGUGCAAGAGAACGCAUCAGCGGCCGAGCGGGAGGCACUUAGGCAAAGGGAUGCUGCCAUGUGUGACAGGGAUGCUGCCAUGCAUGAAAGAGAUGACACUUUGCGGAAGUUGGAGGCUGCGGAAGCUGAUGUGCGCAUCGCCCAACAGCAAGUAGACACGGCAUGGCGAUUCGUCGAAGAAGUCACACGUGGGGGAGGUGAAGUGGUUGACGGGGAGCAGGAAGUGUGCGCAGAAAUGCAAAAUCUGUCCAUUGCGGCGAAGGGGAAAGCAGUGUGCGACGACGACCGUGUAGAAGGUGGGUCCAGCGGUUGCAGUGCACAGGGGUCGAGGUGCAAGUCGUGCGAUGAUAUGGUGUUCCAUCUAAAGCAAUUGGAGGGGGAGAUGGUGCGCCUAGAAAUGACGAACGAGAUCCUGCAAUACCCCGCUUCGUUCUGGGAUGAGUGGGACAAGGAGAUGCAGUCGUUUGUCAUUCCUGACAAAUUCCCUCCACCGCCUGCUUUGCAUUAGUCUCUCCGAUGAGAGAGAGAGAGAGAGAGAGAGAGAGAGAGAGAGAGAGAGAGAGAGAGAGAGAGAGAGAGAGAGAGAGAGAGAGAAGGUGCGGGCCGCCUUUUUUGCGGUAAAGUGGAACAUCGC